AGAGCUGUCAGCUCUCUGAUUAAUUUAUUUUUCAUAAAUAUAAAUAGUUAUGUUUAUGGAAAAUUUUCGUCGUCACCACAAUUAAUCUUAUAAAUAUUUAUAUGAUACAAAUUAUACUGUGGAAGCAAAAUUCAAUGUUUUAUUGGAAUUAAAUUUCCAAUAAAAUGGGGACUUACAUUAGUAAAGACACUCGGCGAAUUAGUUUUGAUAAUAAUUUUGCAUUAAGUUCUCCUAUACCACUUCAAAAAUCAAUAGAAGCUGAAAAUGCGAUGGCAUUGAAUAACCUACCACCAGAACCAUCGGAUGAAAUUUUAUUUAAAGACGGUACAGGUGUUCAAGAAGAUGGUGAAAUGGAAUAUUGGUCACAUAGAAUAGACUACCUGAAGAAAGAACAUCAAGCCAUUAAUAAAAUAAUAGAGUCUGAGUAUGAUAAAAGCAUUGAAAAAACGAAUAAAACAUAUUUGGUGUGUUCAGCAAUCACCCAUGAAAAAAUACAAAAAAUUAAGCCUUGUUUUGAUUGGAGAACAAAGAUUAUGAAAUGCUAUGAAGAAAAUUCUCAUCAACCUUUGGUGUGUUCAGCGUUGGUGCAAGCUUUUACUAAUUGUGUGACAAAUUGCAGAUUAGAAGAUUAAAAUAUUUUUUUCUAAACCGGAUUUUGUAGAACAUUUUAUAUUUUUAACAUUAACUUAUACACGGUAUGUCAAGCCAGAAUAAAUUAUUGUUGUUAUUA